AUGGGCAACAAUGCUGCCACCGCUAACAAAAAGGUGGACGCCGCCGAAAGCGUCAAAGAAUUCCUCGAUCAGGCCAAAGAGGAUUUCGAGGAGAAAUGGAAGAAGAAUCCUACCAACACCGCCGGAUUGAACGACUUUGAAAGAAUAAAAACGCUCGGAACAGGCUCAUUCGGGCGAGUUAUGAUAGUUCAGCAUAAACCUACGAAAGAGUAUUAUGCUAUGAAAAUAUUAGAUAAGCAGAAGGUCGUAAAACUAAAACAGGUAGAACAUACGCUGAACGAAAAACGAAUUCUGCAAGCUAUAAAUUUUCCGUUUUUGGUGAGCCUUAAGUUCCAUUUCAAGGACAACUCCAACUUGUAUAUGGUUUUAGAAUACGUGCCUGGUGGUGAAAUGUUCUCCCACCUGCGUAAGGUAGGUCGCUUUUCGGAGCCACAUUCUCGAUUCUAUGCGGCUCAGAUAGUCCUAGCGUUCGAGUAUCUACACUAUUUGGACCUCAUCUACCGUGAUCUGAAGCCUGAAAACUUGUUAAUUGAUUCGCAAGGCUAUUUAAAAGUAACUGAUUUCGGCUUUGCGAAGCGCGUGAAAGGUCGUACGUGGACUCUAUGUGGAACACCUGAGUAUCUGGCUCCAGAAAUCAUUCUGUCCAAAGGUUAUAACAAAGCUGUUGACUGGUGGGCACUUGGGGUACUUGUAUAUGAGAUGGCAGCUGGAUAUCCGCCCUUCUUUGCAGACCAGCCGAUUCAAAUCUACGAAAAAAUUGUGUCUGGCAAAGUUCGCUUUCCAUCACACUUUGGCUCUGAUUUGAAAGACUUGUUGCGCAACCUUCUCCAAGUAGAUUUGACGAAACGCUAUGGAAAUCUAAAAGCGGGCGUAAAUGACAUUAAAGGUCACAAAUGGUUUGCUAGCACUGAUUGGAUAGCUGUCUUCCAAAAGAAGAUUGAGGCACCUUUCAUCCCACGCUGCAAGGGUCCUGGGGACACCAGCAACUUUGAUGAUUAUGAAGAAGAGGCUCUUCGCAUUUCGUCAACUGAGAAGUGCGCGAAGGAAUUUGCUGAAUUCUGA